AUGUCGUUUGAAAAACCGGCAGUUGUAAUUGAUAAUGGUAGUUAUAGCAUCAAAGCUGGCUUUGCGUGCGACAAUCAUCCAGUUGCCAUUUUUAGAACGUUAAUUGGAAGACCAAACUACUUACAUGGUAGCUACGGACGCCAAUAUUACGAUGUGGCUGUAGGAGAUGACGCAAUAGCAAGAAUUAAAGAUUUGGAAUUAAGCCAUCCGGUGGUCAAUGGUAGAAUAGUACACUGGGAUAAUAUGGAAAGGAUUUGGCACCAUGUUUUCUAUAAAGAGUUGAAGGUUGCACCUGAAGAUCGUGCCAUUAUCUUGGCUUGUGGACUAACUACAACUAUAGAGGAAAAAAUUCGAUGCUGUGAAGUAUUCUUUGAAACACUCAAUAAUCCAGCUGUGUGCAUACAAUCACAGUGCGUCCUAGCGAUGUAUGGAUCUGGAACUACUACUGGUAUAUGCGUGGAUAUUGGGUACGAUACGAGUGAUAUAAUACCCAUUUUUGAAGGGGGAAUGACAAAGUAUGCUCAUAUUAAUACUAAUUUAGCAGGAUCUCAAAUUUCAGACUAUUUCAAGAAAUGCUUAGCUAACCGUAAUCUGCUAGAAGAAAUUAAAUCGCCUCACGAUAUUGAAGAUAUAAAAACAAGUAGCUUGUAUGUUACGCCAAAUUGCGCCAUGUCAAGAAAAGACUAUAUACGGAAUUAUAAAUUAUCUAGUGGUAAUGCAAUAGACAUAAGUAACGAAGCAUUUAUGACAGCAGAAUUAAUAUUCCAACCAGAUUUUGUUAAAGGGGAGAAGACUAAUAUUAUACCAUUGCACAAGGCAAUAGUAACUGCAUCCUUAAAAUGUGAUCCGGAAUUAAGAACUGAAAUGUAUGAUGCUAUUGUUCCCUGUGGUGGAUUGGCCACAAUACCUGGAUUUAAUGAUAGAUUACAAGUUGAAUUAGAACAUUACAUUACAAGUCCUUUUACAAUACUUUCUUCACCUGAGCCAUAUGCUGUGUCUUGGUUGGGUGGAGCUACGUUUGCAGGACUUCCUGACGCUGAAAAAAUUUGGGUACAAAAAAAGCAAUUUGAAGAUCAUGGUGAAAGAAUUGUGAGAAAUAGGUUUUUGUAA